CUACUUCCUGACUUGGCAGCGGUCUCUGCGGCGCGGAGGUCAAGGGGAGAGAAGCAUGGCCGCGCUGUUCAGAGCGUCGCGGAACUUACUGCAGCGGUGCACCAGACAUGGGGACGUGGCGCUCGCCUCCUCCAGGUCUAUGGCCUCCAAGACCCCCGUGGGCUUCAUCGGUUUAGGAAACAUGGGCAGCCCCAUGGCGAAAAACCUGCUGAAGCACGGCUACCCGGUCAUUGCCACCGACGUCUUCCCCGAGUCCUGCAAGGAGCUGCAGGACCUGGGCGCACAGAUUCUAGACUGCCCAGCAGAGGUGGCUGAUAAAGCUGAUCGGAUUAUCACUAUGCUGCCCUCCAGCCCCAACGUCAUUGAGGUGUACAAUGGACCUAAUGGGAUCCUCAAGAAGGUGAAGAAAGGCACUCUACUCAUUGAUUCCAGCACCAUUGAUCCAUCUGUUUCCAAGGAGAUGGCAGUUGCUGCAGAGAAGAUGGGUGCAGUGUUCAUGGACGCGCCCGUGUCGGGAGGUGUGGGAGCAGCGAACCUGGCCAAGCUCACCUUCAUGGUGGGUGGCGUGGAAGAGGAGUUCACCGCAGCCAAGGAGCUGCUCGGCUCCAUGGGCGCCAACGUGGUGUACUGCGGCCCGGUCGGCACGGGACAGGCUGCAAAAAUCUGCAACAACAUGCUGCUGGCGAUUGGAAUGAUUGGCACUGCUGAGACCAUGAACCUAGGAAUCAGGUUAGGGCUUGACCCCAAGCUCCUGGCUAAGAUCCUGAACAUGAGCUCCGGCCGCUGCUGGUCCAGCGACACCUACAAUCCUGUCCCCGGGGUGAUGGAGGGCGUCCCCUCGGCAAACAACUACCAGGGCGGCUUUGGCACAACGCUUAUGGCUAAGGACUUGGGUCUGGCUCAGGACUCUGCGACCAAUACCAAGACCCCCGUGUUGCUGGGCUCCCUGGCUCACCAGAUCUACCGCAUGAUGUGUGCGCGUGGCUAUGCCGGCAAGGAUUUCUCUUCAGUGUUCCAGUUCCUGCGUGAGGAAGAGGGCCAGUAGGGCAGUGCCCCAACGGCCAUGCCUCUCCCCCCCCCCCGCAAGAACCGUGCCUGCCCCUCAGCUCCCUCACGUCCGCAACACAUAAGACUGAAGCGCACAUAGUGUAGGAUGCGUGCGCUGGGGCACCCUGUCAGGCACGCCAUUGGUACAAAGUGUAGAGGGCAGUAGGUGUUUAACAGACAGUGUGUGUUUCCUGUUUCCUGUUUCAGGGAAUUGUCUGUUAGCUGUGUGAUCCUGCCUUUUUGAAGCAGCACUCCUCAUUUGUUCUGAUAUCAGUGAGUGGUCGGUUCAGUCUUGGGUCUCGGAGUUUGCGUUGAUGAAGACGAAGAGAGUUCCGAUGACCCUUGUGACGAUGAUCGUUACAACAUCGUGGACCCAAAAACCAAGCUCCACUUGUUUGAGGUGGUAGCAUGAUAUGUUACACCACAGCCACAGAGGCCAGCUAUGCAGGAUUCUCCUUAGCCUCUUUGUCUAUGUUUGUGUUAAUUUUCGUUACACUCCUGUACAUUUGUUGUACUUUUUUUUUUUUUUUUUUUUUUUUUUUUUUUCCCCAUGGAUCUCAUUUGGCACUUUCUCGGUAAGCCGUGUGCAUAAUAACCUAAUGAUAUGGAUGCCGUAUUCAGUGUUUUCAUAUUUACGCUCUUAUAUUCAUGGCCAGCAGCUGCUUCAACCACUUUCUGAACCAGUUCGUAUUUCUCCGCUUCCCGUUGGAGCGUUCUCCUCGUUUCUUACCUUCCUGGGCUCUCGUACUUCAAACACAUUUGUUACGUUUUGUACAUAAUUUCAUAGUUUAUAGUUUAGAGAGACAUCAAAAACAAAAAGUUUGCCAGUUCAAUCCCAGCAAGGGCCCUGCGGUUGAACCAUUGUACAAAGUUCUUAAUCUCUUUCUGUGGCUUUCCAGCCCUGUAAAUUGGUAUAAUUAUAGGCUGCUGAAGUCACUUUGGGUAAAUGCAUCUGCUGAGCAACUACAAUUUAAAAAAAAAAAAAAAAAAAAAAAUUGUUAGUUGAUAUAGCCAGGGGUUAUGAAAGCAUGUCUCUAUCUUUGUGGUGAUUUAUAUUAAUUUUUUCAUUUUAGCAUCUUAUCAGUGUUCGUUCAUGUUUUGUUUACAACAUUUAUGGGUUUAGUAUAAGUCGGAUACUCCUCGUCUCUGGGAGAGGCCAGCAAUACUGUGAAAUUGUAUUCAUUAUGAUGCAUUGUUCCUGAAGAACCUCCUAACUUCUAUUAGGGAUUAUCCUUUGAACAUCCCUGUGUGAACAUCUGCCUGUAUAGAUUUUUUUUUAUUUCUUUUUUUGUAAUUAAUAGGAUAAACUUGAAUUUCAGUCUCUCUGCCAGUUCUGUUGAGUACAUCAUGUUACUGCACCGCUGUUGAAUUUCCUCAUUGUUGGAAUGUCAUCCCCCCCACUGUGCCAUCCCUGUAAUAAAGUCCCACCCCUUUCCAUGAGGGAACCCGUAUCCGACUGCCGUCUCCAACAAUCUUAGUCCGAGUCCCACAGAACACCGUCUCCUUUGCUCUUUCCUUUCCAUCUCUCUAGCUCGUGAUUAUUACAAGGUUAUUGGGUGCUGGAGCACUAGCCCAGAAAUCAAUUAUGACCGAUUCAGAGAUCUUCAGGU